AUGAGGAUCCCUAAUCCAAUAGCUGGCCCAAAAGGUGUUCGAACACUACUGGUCAUCCGUGGAAUUACGGGGUUUUUCGGAUUAUGUGGCUUGUAUUUGUCGCUUCAAUAUUUGUCUGUCGCAGAUGCGACGAUCCUGACUUUCCUAGCACCACUUACAACAGCGGUAGCUGGAUGUAUCCUCCUGAAAGAAAGCUACUCCGUCAAGCAAGCUGUCGCGGGAGUUUUCAGUUUACUUGGUGUUGUCUUCAUCGCUCGCCCCCCAUUUCUAUUUAGCUCCCUGCCAGCUGCGACCCCUGAACAACACUUUUUGUCAGAAUCGACUCCGGCGGGAAGGCUGUUGGGUGUUGGAGCGUGUAUGAUCCAUGUGCUCGGAGCCACUGGAGCAUAUACUUCAAUUCGUGCAAUUGGAAAGCGCGCUCAUCCGAUGCAUGUGAUGACAUUCUUUUCGUUAUGGUGCACCAUCAUGGCAUCUUUGGGGAUGGUUGCCUUCAGUAUUCCUGUUGUCUAUCCGAGAUCAUGGAUAUGGACACUUCUUUUGCUCAUGGUCGGCGUCUUUGGCUUCGUCGCACAGGCACUUUUUGCUGUAGUGCUUGAACGUCUUAUCUUCGGAGUUAUACCGUCCCUACUGUCAAUUAUCGGCGCCUCCAUCAUUAUAUCCUCCGCUGUCUAUGUUGUCCUGACAAAGCAGGAACCUACCCAAGGCAGCCCUACCGGCAAUACCCGCGAGGAGAUUUAG